UGCGCACAUGAUGCUCUUCCACUAACACUCUCCCAAAACUUUGGCCUUAUCCUCCACCCCGGCGCAAUGGAGCCUCGGACAUUUGCUCUCGCUAACUUACACGCGUCCACCACCUGUUCGAGAAAAUUCCUGAUAGACCAUACGCACAUACAAACACAAGAACUACCAAAAUUCUUUGUCCAAUUAUCUAAACGGAGCUCCAAACCCGUGUCAAACGGGCUGCAGAAGGACCAGAGGAAGGACCUGUCUCGGAUUCUCAGAACCGACGCUGCAGUGAAAGGCGUUGUGAGGAAAGCCAACUCAAGAAAGUACCAACAGCUGUGGCCUAAGGCUGUUCUGGAGGCUCUGGAUGAGGCUAUCAGAGAGAAUCAGUGGGAAAAUGCUGUCAAGAUUUUUGGAUUGCUUCGCCAACAACAAUGGUACGAGGCAAGGUGCCAAACAUACACGAAAUUGUUGAUAAUGCUUGGCAAGUGUAGGCAACCUGAGGAGGCCAGUUUGCUUUUUGAGAUUAUGUUGUCAGAAGGGCUCAGACCAACUGUUGAUGUCUACACUGCUCUCAUAAGUGCUUAUGGGCAAAGUGGCCUUCUUGACAAGGCUUUUUGUACUCUUGAUGACAUGAAAUCGGUCUCGGACUGCAAACCAGAUGUAUAUACAUAUUCUAUACUUAUUAAUUGUUGCUCUAAAUCUCGUCAUUUUGAUCUGAUUGGACGGAUUCGUGCUGAGAUGUCAUAUCUAGGGAUCAAAUGCAGCACUGUGACAUACAACACUAUUAUUGACGGAUAUGGUAAAGCGGAAAUGUUUGAACUAAUGGAGAACACACUGACGGAUAUGAUUGAAAGUGGAAGCUGCCUUCCUGAUGUUUUCACAUUGAAUACUUUUGUUGGGGCUUAUGGGAAAUUUGGGCUGAUCGAGAAGCUGGAGAAGUGGUAUAAUGAAUUCCAGCUAAUGGGAAUAAGGCCAGACAUUAAGACAUUUAAUAUCCUGAUCAAAACAUAUGGGAAAGUAGGCAUGUAUGAGAAGAUGAGCUCCGUUAUGGAUUAUAUGAAGAAAUGGUCUUUCUCUCCGACAAUUGUUACUUUUAAUACAGUGAUUGAGGUGUUUGGAAAGGCUGGAAAUAUUGAGAAGAUGGAUGAAUACUUCAAGAAAAUGAAGCAUCAAGGAAUGAAGCCCAACUCUAUUACCUACUGCUCUCUUGUUAGUGCUUACAGUAAAGCUGGACAUAUAACAAAAGUCGAUUCAAUUUUGAGGCAAGUAGAGAAUUCUGAUGUAACACUUGAUACCCCAUUUUUUAACUGCAUUAUAAGUGCAUAUGGUCAGGCUGGUGAUGUGAAAAAGAUGAAUGAGUUGUUCUUGGAAAUGAAAGAGAGAGCUUGCAAACCAGAUAGUAUCACCUUUGCUACCAUGAUCCAAGCCUACAAUGCACAAGGCAUGCCUGAGGCUGCUGAAAAUUUGGAGAAGAAGAUGAUUGCAACCAAAGAGAUUUCUGGCACAAGGUUGAUCGGAUGCUAGCAUGAUAUAUUUUUUUGGAAAAACAACCCUCACAGAUGAACAGUUCAAAUGCCCAAAUGUUCAAAUGUUCAAAUUAUUGUGGGGUCAGCUUGAUCAACCCUCACAGAUCUCUUAAUUUAUCCAUUGCAUCCGUAUUACUUGUUCUUUUUUCUCUUUUUAAUUACGUGUUUUCUAUAGUAUACUUCUCAUAUAC